AACCUAACUUGGUUUUAGGCCUAGGGCCUAUUAAUAACCUAAACUCAUUUUUAUUCUCUUUUACACAUACAGACAAGCACAUUCCAUGUGCUAAAUGUUAGAUGAUAUAAUAAUAUUCAACACUGGAACCAAGCAGUAUCAUGUUUGAGUUUGAGUCUAUACAGCUAAUCCUUAAGGGCUUAACGAAGAAGACCAACUUCUUGCGGGGGUAUAAUGUAAAGCCUUCUAAUUUAAAAUCCAGCGCCCUCCCUCUCUUCAACGGUAUGCUUGGCCACGAUCAGUUGCCCUCCCGACUGCCAAUAUAAGCGGUCAUCGGAGGGAGAGACGGAACGAAGAAGCAUGGCCUUAUUUGCAGCAACCCAGCUCGGCCAUCUCAUUCCAUUGCCUUCGCCGGCACCAAGGAACCCUCGAUCUACUCUUUUUCUCUGCUGCCAUUCUCCCGAGAGUUCCCUCAUCUCGUUCUCUUCUUCCACUCGAGCUCCUUCCGCCACCGUGGGCUGUGCUACGAACGGCCGACCGAGGUGCCUAAGUGCGAUGGCGGCCCCGAACUUGGCAGAAUCAUUGUCGGGAGCUGAAAGGCUGCACCUUGGAGUGCAGAAUAUAAUGGAAGAACUCGAUGCAUCACAAACAGCUUGCGACCAGCAAACUUCCCCAAGUAGUGGAAGUCAACAAACUUGCAAAAAAUUUAAAUGGAAAUCGGAAAUGUCCAAGUUUCUUCUAAGAUUCUUAGUCGAUCAGGUGGCAGUUGGCAUGAAAGUGGACAUGUCAUUUAAGAGAAAUGCUCUAGUAGCUGCUGCAGAAGCUGUAUCUCAAAAAUUUAAAAUAAAAUGUGAUGAAACUGAUGUAGAAAAAAGAUUGAAAACUCUGAAGACCCGGUGGAACAAAAUACAAAGGCUGAAAUGUCUAAGUGGAGCCAGUUGGGAUCCUGUUGCCAGGAUGAUUAGUUUGGGAACCAGUGCUUACCAAGAUCAUGUGCGUGCUCAUCCUAGGGAUGCUUGUUUGCUGAAUAAUCCUAUAGAUAACUAUGAUGAGCUAGCUAUCAUUUGUGGUGAUGAUCAAGCCAACGGAAAGUUCACUGAAGAUAAAAAUCAAUAUAUUGGAUCUAUUGAUAGAGAAAUUAAGGGGCAACAUCAGAAGAAUAUGCAGGGGCUAGUUGAUAUUGAACAGGUUGCAAAGUCUUCAAGCAAUCAGGUUAGAGGUCACUGUCAGCAAGAGCCAGCCAUUUCUCCAGCUGCUGCAUCUCCCAAUCCCUCACUUGACUCAUGUAGGAGGGCCACAUCCUCCAGGACCAAGAGGCAAGAGGUUGCAGAUGUUGACAUCCAGAGCUUGGUUAUGAAGAUAGGAGAGUUGAUCGAUGCGAUAAAGACAUUAAAACCUAGAAAUUAUAGUGAGGAAAUAUGGGAAGCAAUAAAAGCAUGCGAUUACAAUGAGCGACUGUCGGUAACAGCCCUUGAAUACUUAUUAAAGAAUGAGAUCGAGGGAAAGAUCUUUCUAGUCCGUAGUUCAGAAUCGCGCAAGGAGUGGUUAUCUAAAUUCUUCUCCAGUUUUCUAUGAUCUUUUCACUGGUUUUAUUGUGCAUUUGAUUUCCUUGUAAUUUUUCCCCUCUUGUAUUUAUUUGCAUGAUGCAAUUUCAUCGUCUUGCUUUUUGAUGUUAACUUGACCAUUAAAAAAUUAUGGCAGUUUUUGGGAGACU